AUGUUGGCAGUACUCAGACCUAGAAUUUUUGGUGGAGAUUUCAAAAGAACCAUCCUAACAAAACCAAACAUUGCCAGCUCAUUGCGUAAAUCUCCCUCUCUUCAGUAUUUACAUAUACAAGUUGGAGACAAGGCUGAACUUACUAAAGCCUUCACACAGAAGGAUGUUGUUUGUUUUGCUGACUUAACUGGGGACACAAACCCGUUGCAUUUGAAUGAAAACUAUGCAAAGGAAACUAGGUUUGGGAGAACAAUUGUACAUGGAGUUUUGAUCAACGGACUUAUUUCUGCAGUUAUAGGUACUAAAAUGCCUGGCUAUGGUUGUGUGUUUCUUUCUCAGGAAAUUCACUUCCCAGCUCCCUUGUACAUUGGAGAAGAAGUCUUAGCUGCAGCAGAAGUGAAGAGACUGAAAAGAUCUGUUGCAUACAUUUCAGUAUCAUGUACUGUUAGGGAAAGUGAAAAGAUUGUUAUGGAAGGGAUGGUGAAAGUCAUGGUGUCGGAAAGUCAGCGCUCCUGAUUGCAUGGUGCUUUAUUCUUUAGUAAAAUUCAGAAAUAUGUGGGGGGGUUACAUUUAUGAUACCUCAGACCUUGGUAAGAGGAGGUCACAGCUUGCUGUCAAUUUUGAGAGCUACUCUGCUUUGUAGGUAAGAGAUGUAAAACAUCACUUUUGAUGGCUUUUAAGGACACAUGAAGAUCAAUAUGAUCCAUACUUAACUUACAUCUAUUACUAUCAUGUGCAGCCAAGCCUAUUCUCUUUCCUAGCUCAACUUUUUGUCACCAAAAUAAACACUACUGUUUACUGGAACCUUUUAAAAAGGAACGUUUACAUCACGUAAUGUUCUGGAGUUGGUCAAGAGACUCCUGUCACCUGACUAGUAAACGUUGAGCCAAGAUAUUUGUCACAGAUAAAUGAAUAGAGUAUUCUCUUGGUUCCUUUUUACCAGUGCACAGUAUGUGCCACUUUUCACAUAUCUAAUAUGUUGAGUUUUGAACUCUUACUUGGUUUGAGGUUCUAGGUAUAUCAAAGGGCCACAUCUCCCACCCCCUUACUUAUAUGAAUUCAGUUAAUUGAAGUCCAAGGGACUAUGUGGGUGAAUAAAGCAAGCAGAAUUUGGUUGAUAUUAACACAUGCACAUGUCAUCUUCUCCCCUGACUUACAAGAAUAAAAAGCUUUUUAUUCAAA